CAACCCGGAAGUAAACAUCAACCUUGCGUUGUUUUGAAGUCGGCGUGUCUCGCACCCGAAAGUAUAACUUGUUUCCGUCCCGAGGAUAUUGCAAGAAUCCUCGAGGAGCCUUGGCGUCUCAGUCCCAUACUCCAUUUGGCACUUUACCGGGCUUUUAGGACGCAAAAGCCCCGUGUCUUUCACCUCCAUGUCCGGCCAUCACCACCACGACCACGGCUGCAGCUGCGAGGGCGCCCACGAACCAGCCGAGAGGGGCGUCGAGUAUGGGUUGUAUCGGCGCAUCGACACCGACAAGCUGCAGUGCUUGAACGAGAGCAGGGACGGCGACGGCAAGCUGGUGUUCAAGCCGUGGGACCAGCGGAAGGACCGCGACAAGUUUGUGGAGAGUGACACAGACGAAGAGCUCUUGUUCAAUAUUCCGUUUACUGGCAGCGUCAAACUGAAAGGGAUCAUCAUCUCCGGAGAGGAUGACGACUCGCAUCCGGCUGAGAUACGAUUGUACAAGAACAUCCCUCAUAUGUCCUUUGACGACACCGGCCGAGAACCAGAACAAGCUUUCAGACUCAACCGAGACCCCGGCGCUCAGCUGGAGUACCCCACCAAGAUUGCUCGUUUUUCCAAUGUCGAGCACCUCUCCAUCCACAUCUCCAAGAACUUUGGUGCCGAGAGCACCCGGAUCUACUACAUCGGCCUCAGGGGAGAAUAUUCAGAGGCUCACAGACACAAAGUGACGAUCUGCACCUACGAGGCGACGGCGAAUCCCGCCGAUCAUAAGGUGAAGAGCAUUGUCCCGCAAACCAACUUUAUUUCCUGAAGCUUCUCGCCCAAGGAUGAAGAGAAGGAGGCUGUCAUUGGCGCAGAGCAAACCAGCGCAAUGACGCAUUUGCGGCCGCGUGUUGUUGGCGAACCGGUCGAGUGCGAGGCAGACGCAGAGCGCUUAAGUUUGAUGAGCUUUCACGGGUGUUUCUUUGCCAAUAGAGAUAGAAUUCACCAGAGUUUGUAAUCUAUUUCAAAUAAAAAGCUAAGAACUGACAA